AUGCCUGAGUGUACACAUCCAUUAGUUGGCGUCGGAACAUUUGUGAUGCGAGGUAACAAAUUCCUGAUUGGUAAAAGAAAAGGAAGUCAUGGAUCCGGAUCUUGGCAGCUUCCCGGUGGAAAGUUAGAAUUCGGUGAAUCCUUUGAAGACUGUGCAAAACGCGAAGUACUUGAGGAAACAAAUCUUGAAAUCACUAAUGUGAUUUAUCAGACUACAACAAACGAUGUAAUGAUAAAUGACAAUAAGCAUUAUGUAGCUAUUUUUAUGCGUGCUGAAGUUGUUGAUAUGGGAGCUGAUCCUUUGGUAAUGGAACCAAACAAAUGUGAAUGUUGGGAGUGGGUGACAUGGGAUGAGUUUAUAAAAGGUGGUAUUACAGGUACUGAAAACAUUCAAGACAGUAAGAUUAAUAAACAGAAACCUCUUCAAGUUCAUGUUCCCACUCAAAAUUAUCAUCCUGCUGUUCUCAUAACUGGUACCUCAGCUGGAAUUGGUCGUGAAACUGCUUUUACUCUUGCGAAACUUGGGUACACUGUAUUCGCUGGUGUCAGAAAAAAGGAUGAUGUUGAUGAUCUUAUUGCUGCCUUUCGCGAAUGCGAUAAUCCCAAAGAAGGCCGUCUUAUUCCUAUUAUUUUAGACGUGACAAAUAAAGAACAUAUUCAAAAUGCGUAUGAUCAUAUUCAAUCAACCAUUGGUCAUGAAAUUCCUUUCGUUGGUUUAAUCAAUAAUGCUGCAUUAGUUGUCUAUUUACCCAUGGAAAUUGCUUCGGAAGAUGCUUUUUUAAAUAGUUUUAACACAAAUUAUUUUAGUAUUGUUAAUCUUACAAAAAAAUUCUUACCUCUCUUACGGGAAAGUGGUGGCCGUGUGAUUAACAUAGGUAGCAUUGCAGCUUGGGAAAAUUCAGCUGUUAUGGGUAUUUAUUCUGCAACUAAGGCUGCUGUUAGAGUUAUGACCCGCAUUUGGAGAAUGGAAACUAGAGAAAUGGGCGUACACUUUGCUUUAAUUGAACCUGGCAUCAUCGUUUCCAGGUUGAAUGACCAAACAACAUCUAAUUUUCGUAAUUUUAAAUCUUUCUCCUCUCUCUCUGAUUACUAUUCUACUUCACAAGAAGAUAAUUCAAAAGCUAUCGUCGAAUAUGAAAAAUUGUAUAAAGCCGUUGCAAAAUGUAGUGAAAAUUUUAGAGCUUCCCCUACUGAAAUUGCAGCUGAUGCCAUAUUACAUGCUUUAACUGCCCUUUAUCCAAAAAAUACUUAUUAUGUUGGUUUAGAUGCUAAAGUUCUUGCUUCUGUUAAUUGGCUAUUAGGUGAUAGAAUUGCUGAAGCUGUACAAUCCAAAGUUUUAUCUUUUGUUUCUAAUUAA